UCAUUCCGCUGUCACUUCGCUAACAUUAAUCCUGCGGCUUUAAAAGGCAGAAGGCGGCGAAGCAGAAAGAAAUCGCGCUAUUUCACAAGCUGCUUUUCAAGUCAGUUCCAGAGGUUAACCAUCUGAACCGUGACAAAGCCUCAAACAAGUUCUGAAGCCUCAUGGCGACAGCUUUGCUCGUGGCACCAUUGCACACAGCCCAACUUUUCGCGGACAUGUAUUCAACAACAUGGAGCUGCCGUGCCACUCGACUUCCUGUCCACGCUAUGGGCUCUAUAACGGUGCUUAAUCUGUUGCUGCUUGGGAUAGAGAGGUACUGUGCGAUAUUCCAUCCUUUCUUUAUUCCAUCUGAAUCCAUGAUAAAGGUAUGCUUCUUGGGGAUCUGGCUGGGAGGCGGUCUAUUGGGUUUCCUACAGGUUUUACAGCUAGAUGCUAUCCCGGUGGUCACAAGUCAAACGGAAUACACUAUCUCCUGCCAACCUAUCAUGGACACGCUUUUCAAGAAAUGCCUAUCAACUAGCUUUCUUGUCAUCAUUAUUCCAUGCAUUGCGUUCUUGUUUAUUACUAUCAGAACUACUAAGUAUCUAAGUGAUCGGAGGAAAAAAGUUGAAAGCGGAAAGGGAGUGUACCUGCAUAAGAUCCAUGCCUGGCGGAUCAAAGAGACGAAGGUGUGCGUGUGCAUCAUUCUCACAUUCAUUGUUCCCUACGUAUUCUAUGUUGUAAACAUAAUUAUGCGCCCAAACUUCAGUAUAUGCAUUGAUUACUGCAUGCGUCGAACCCAGGACACCUUGGUGCUUCUAAACUGCGUCAUAACUCCACUUGUAACUAUGUAUGGAGGAAGGCUAUUCAGAGAAAUGGCGAUGAAACGUAUCAACAUGAUCUUAAGAAGACUGAUGAAUCAAGAAACUGCACAUUUGCAAACGACAAAAACACAAACAGUAGAAACUGCACUUUAAUGUGCACUGAAAAAAAGCUGAGUAUUCUUUUAUUCAAUAUUUUUUUUCUAUUUGCGCACAGACUAAAGUACGGGUGUAAUUGAUUGGCGCGUUAAGCAUUAAUAUUUUUAAAGCCUGAAAUAUUUCAAGGAAAUUAUAAUGUCAUAGCAAGUCAUAAGUUCGACAGAAGAUUUAACAGGAAAAUAGUAAUUGCAUUCGGUCUCUAGUCCAUCAUCCACUAAUGCGCGAAAACAAAUAUGUAAUUAAUAAACUACAAAGUGCCAUAUCUUAUCAUAUUCUCACCAAGAAAAGCCUGAUUACAUAUUGUUCGUUUUGUUACCAAUUGACGUUAUUCUUGAGCGAAACCAUUUGGGCGCAUUGAAAUGAAAGUAUAAAGAAAAACAAAGCUGUCACAAAGCUCCAUAACCUAUCUUAUUCUGACCAGGAAAAGCCUGAUUACAUUUUGUUCAUUUAGUUACCAAUUGACGUUACUCUUGACCGACACCAAUUAGCGCAUUGAAAGGUUUGUAAUGAUAAAUUCAGCUGUCAGCCCCCCAAUAAUCGUCGAGUUAAAAAAUAGUUUUAAUCGAACAACUACACCACUGAAAGCGACAGAAGAACAGACUUCAAGCGUGUACAUCAUCCUCACAUUCAUUGUUCCCUACGUAUUCUAUGUUGCAAACAUAAUUUUGCGCCCAAACUUCAGUAUAUACAUUGAUUACUGCAUGCGUCGAACCCAGGGCACCUUGGUGCUUCUAAACUGCGUCAUAAUUCCACUUGUAACUAUGUAUGGAGGAAGGCUAUUCAGAGAAAUGGCGAUGAAACGUAUCAACAUGAUCUUAAGAAGACUGAUGAAUCAAGAAACUGCAGAUUUGCAAACGACAAAAACACAAACAGUAGAAACUGCACUUUAAUGUGCACUGAAAACAAGCUGAGUAUUCUUUUAUUAAAUACUUUUUUUCUAUUUGCGCACAGACUAAAGCACAAACAGUAGAAACUGCACUUUAAUGUGCACUGAAAAAAUGCUGAGUAUUCUUUAUUCAAUAUUUUUUUCUAUUUGCGCACAGACUAAAGCACGGGUGUAAUUGAUUGGCGCGUUAAGCAUUAAUUUUUUAAAGCCUGAAAUAUUUCAAGGAAAUUAUAAUGUCAUAGCGAGCUAUAAGUUCGACAGAAGAUUUAACAGGAAAAUAGUAAAUGCAUUCGGUCUCUAGUCCAUCAUCCACUAAUGCACGAAAACAAAUACGUAAUUAAUAAACUACAAAGUGCCAUAUCUUAUCAUAUUCUCACCAAGAAAAGCCUGAUUACAUGUUGUUCGUUUUGUUACCAAUUGACGUUAUUCUUGAGCAAAACCAUUUGGGCGCAUUGAAAUGAAAGUAUAAAGAAAAACAAAGCUGUCACAAAGCUCCAUAACCUAUCUUAUUCUGACCAGGAAAAGCCUGAUUACAUUUUGUUCAUUUAGUUACCAAUUGACGUUACUCUUGACCGACACCAAUUAGCGCAUUGAAAGGUUUGUAAUGAUAAAUUCAGCUGUCAGCCCCCCAAUAAUCGUCGAGUUAAAAAAUAGUUUUAAUCGAACAACUACACCACUGAAAGCGACAGAAGAACAGACUUCAAGCGUGUACAUCAUCCUCACAUUCAUUGUUCCCUACGUAUUCUAUGUUGCAAACAUAAUUAUGCGCCCAAACUUCAGUAUAUACAUUGAUUACUGCAUGCGUCGAACCCAGGGCACCUUGGUGCUUCUAAACUGCGUAUAACUCCACUUGUAACUAUGUAUGGAGGAAGGCUAUUCAGAGAAAUGGCGAUGAAACGUAUCAACAUGAUCUUAAGAAGACUGAUGAAUCAAGAAACUGCAGAUUUGCAAACGACAAAAACACAAACAGUAGAAACUGCACUUUAAUGUGCACUGAAAAUAAGCUGAGUAUUCUUUUAUUCAAUCCUUUUUUCUAUUUGCGCACCGACUAAAGCACAAACAGUAGAAACUGCACUUUUUAAUUUGCACUGAAAAAAAGCUGAGUAUUCUUUUAUUCAAUAUUUUUUUCUACUUGGGCACAGACUAAAGCCCGGGUGUAAUUGAUUGGCGCGUUAAGCAUUAAUAUUUUUAAAUCCUGAAAUAUUUCAAGGAAAUUAUAAUGUCAUAUCAAGUCAUAAGUUCGACAGAAGAUUUAACAGGAAAAUAGUAAUUGCUUAUCAUUAUAGUUUGUAUAAUGAUAAACUCAGCUGUCAGCCCCCCAAUAAUCGUCGAGUUAAAAAAUAGUUUUAAUCGACUUCACGCGCAAUGAAAUCAUAAAAUCGCGCAGUGACGAUCCCUAAAAGUACAAAGGCAUUUGAUAAAUUUUUCGUAUUAUUUUACUCAUCUGUGUUUUUUGUGAUCAACCGACCUAAGCUGGACUGGCUGAGCAUACUCCUUUCUGAAUCUCUUCAGGUCUUCUCGCAGCACAGUCUUGCCUCUCUCCAUCGCGAGGUUGUCUUCCUCGCUGGGCGGGGGUUCCGGGAUUUUGAACGUGUAUAAUGUCAAGGAAUACAGGCUUAGGUACAAGCCACAGGGAGCACACCUCUAAAGUUGUUUUUUUAGCUUUGCGUUGUUGUUGAUUUUGUGCGUGUGUGCGUUUGCAUCUCUUGUCUACUUUUUCGGCGCUCGGUGCUUUCUGGCGCUCUCUAAUUGGUUAGCGGUCUAACGGCCGUCUCGACUGCGAAAUGGCUUCCGUGUCACGACAUACCUAGUCACAACUCUUUAUUCAAACCGUGGAGGUGAACUCCAUGUGUACUAGCCAUUGAAGACACCUUGUGUGACACAUCUACGUAGUAGGCGACUUGUCCUAAGAAAUCACGUGAAUUGUGAGUGGAAAACUCUCGCC